AUGCCUCAAAUAAAGUCAACAUAUUCACGCAAACGACGUUCUGAGGUCGUCCCAGAGCCUUCGAAAUGUCUCAAAUCUACUACUACCUCGAGAUCACACAAGACAUCCUCAACAACACUCACCAAGAAUAAGGUAUCCACCACAAGACUAAAUGUAUACGUCUUCGGUGAAGGUAGUGCUGGCGAGCUCGGUCUUGGUCCCAAAAACGCUACAGAUGUGACCAGUCCGCGUCUAAAUUCUCUGCUAGACGCAGACGAAGUCGGCGUUGUCGAUAUCGCAGCUGGCGGUAUGCAUGCCGUGGCUCUGACGUAUGAUGGUCACGUAUUAACAUGGGGUGUUAAUGAUAAUGACGCUCUGGGACGUGAGACGGCUUGGGAUGGUGGUGUCAAGGAUAUCACUGAAGGCGAUGAUGCCUCGGACGAUGAUAGUGAAGAUGGAGAGUUGAAUCCUUAUGAGUCUACGCCGACUGCGAUACCGACAGAGAUUUUUGGAAAGAGCGCUAGGAUUGUUCAAGUGACAGCGGGGGAUAGUGCUUCGUUUGCUUUGACGGAGAAGGGCUUUGUUUAUGGAUGGGGGACAUUUGUUAGUAAUGAGGCAAAAAAUGGCUUCUACUGGAAUCAGCGCCAAAACCAAGUGAUUGAAAAACAAAACAAGCCAAUGCUCAUCCCUAAACUUGAGAAGAUCGUCCAGAUUAGCGCUGGAUACAACUUCUGCCUUGCGCUCAAUGCGGCUGGUAAAGUGUACUCUUGGGGAAUGUCAGAACAGAACCAACUUGGUCGUCGGUUAGUUCUUGGCCGGCAAUACAGUACGUCUGUCAAGCAAGAUGACCUCGAUAAGUUGUAUCUCCGUGCUGGACUCAUUCCUGGACUCGUACCUUUCUCAUCAAAGACAAAGAUCGUAUCUGUUCACGCUGGAAGCGAUCAUGCGUUUGCCAUUGAUCAGCAUGGUGAUACUUGGGCAUGGGGUCUGAACAACUUUGGACAAACUGGUAUCAAAGUCGGUGCUGGCGCAAAUGGUACUACGGUCAUCGCUCCUCAAAAGGUACAAUCUCUGGCUGGCAAGAACAUGAAGAUUAUUCGGGGCGGAACGCAUCAUUCAAUUGGUGUCAAUCAGGCGGGUGAAUGCCUCGUCUGGGGUCGUAUGGAUGGCGCUCAAAUGGGCAUUGACUUGAGUACUAUACCGGUCGACAAUCCUCAAAUCGUUGUAUCGGAACGUGGGAAGCCACGCAUUUUACUUGAGCCUACAGCGCUGCCCAUUUCGAGCUGUUCGUUCGUGGCCGCUGGAUCUGAUCACAACAUACUCAUCACAUCUGAAGGAAGAGCAUAUUCAUGGGGGUUCAAUACCAAUUAUCAAUGCGGACAAGGGGCAGAUGGUGAUGAUAUUCUAGUUGCGACUCCAAUCGAUAAUACUGCCAUUCGUGGUAAGAAGCUUACUUGGGCUGGAGCUGGAGGGCAGUACUCGAUGCUAGCUGGGCCGAGUGAUUGA